CAGCAGAUCUUUGUGAUUCUUGUGGUGAUUCAUUUUUCAAACUGUCUGUUUGCUGGAGCUCAAACAGUGAAAAUGGCUUCAAAAUCUGAAGAUGAUUCUAUUUGUCCUGUAUGUCAUGAAAUCUUCAAGAAUCCUGUUGUUUUAUCAUGUAGUCACAGUGUCUGUAAAGAGUGUCUUCAACAGUUCUGGAGAACCAAGGAAACUCAGGAGUGUCCCAUCUGCAGGAGAAAACCUGAACCACCUCCUAAUCUCACAUUAAAAAAUGUGUGCGGGUCAUUCUUGAAGGAGAGAAAUGAGAGUCGUUCAUCAGAAUCUGAGGAGAUCUGCAGUUUACACAGUGAGAAACUCAAACUCUUCUGUCUGGAGGACAAACAGCCGGUGUGUGUAGUGUGUAGAGAUUCACAGAAACACAACAAUCAUGAAUUCGGACCCAUCAGUGAAGCUGUUUCAUUUUAUAAGGAGAAGCUCAAUACAGCACUGAAGUCUUUACAAGAGAAACUAAAACACAAUGAAACAUUGAAAGGAGAGUUUGAGAAAACAGUUCGACACAUCAAGUCUCAAGCUGAGCACACAGAGCGUCAGAUUAAACAGCAGUUUGAGAAGCUUCAUCAGUUUCUUAGAGAUGAAGAAGAAGCUACAAUCACUGCACUGAGGGAGGAAGAGGAGCAGAAGAAGCAGAUGAUGAAGCAGAAGCUGGAGGAGAUCAACAGACACAUCUCAGCUCUUUCACACACAAUCAAAGACACGCAGGAGAUGAUGAACGCCAGUGACGUCUGCUUUCUCAAGGAGUUUCCAGUCUCAAUGGAAAGAGUCCAGAUCUCACAGCCGGAUCCACAGACGCCUUCUGGAGCUUUGAUUCAUGUGCCACGUUACUUGGGCAACCUGCCGUUCAGAGUCUGGAAGAAGAUGCAGGACAUCGUCCACAACACUCCUGUCAUUCUGGAUCCAAACACGGCUCAUCCACGUCUCGUCCUGUCUGAUGAUCUGACCAGUGUGGGAUGGAGCAAGAAAAAACUAAGUUUUCCUAAUAAUCCAGAGCGAUUUGAUGAGUAUUUCUGUGUUCUGGGUUCAGAGGGUUUUAACUCAGGAACACACUGCUGGGAUGUGGAGGUUAAAGAGAGUUCAUGGUGGAGUCUUGGAGUAACUACAGUAUCAAACCAGAGGAAGGGAUGGGGUUUCUUCAACGCAUGUGUUUGGAGUGUGGAGUAUUAUCAGUACGGUUGCUCUAAAUACUUUGGCUUUCGUGUUGAACAGCAGCUUGAUCGUGUGAGAGUGUAUCUGGACUAUGACGGAGAAACGGUAUCAUUUUCUGAUCCUGGAACUAACACACAUCUACACACAUUCACAACCACCUUCGCUCACACACUCUUUCCAUUCUUUGAAAGUUCUUCUCCUCUGAGGAUCUUACCGGUCAGUCGUCAGUAAUUGUUACUCCUGUAGGUCUGGAUCUUCCUGCUUUCAUCCUCCUAUGCACUGGCAGAGCUAGAGUUGUAUACAUGGGUUGCCAGUGGCUGGCCAAGACCACGACAGAAAAUCAGUGUAACUCCAAUCUGGCAUAAAAUUAAUAAUGAAUAAAUACAUGAAUAAAUCAUACGACUGCUGAUUACUUCUCAUUAACCCACAUUAGCUAUA